UCUUUCUGACAGACAGGCAGAGAAGCAGACGCGAGAGAACGAUCAUGGACCCCAACACGACCAUUCUGCGAGUGAAAAGAAAAAGGGGGACAGACCCCGCUGAUUCUCUGCUGCUAGCAUGUAAGCGUAUCCGACCCGAGUCUUCCCAGAACGCAGGGGAAACGGUACCGGAGCCCAACGAAGCCGAGGUGGAGAACUCAGUGUUCAAACUCGUGGCGACCGUAGCGACACAGGAUGCUCCAGUCCAGACUCAGGUCCGACACGCUCUCGCCAGACCCCGCGCAGCCCACGCCUUACGCCCCUCUGCUGCUAGUUCACAGCGGAUCAUCGGGGACCUGAGAAGCACCAAGUGGAGCACCCGGAGGGAGGAACGCUACAGAAUACUGUCGAGCCACCGCGCUGGGCUGUCCAGGCAGCCUGAGCAGGAGCCCCCCCAGACAGAUGCCUCAGAGGCUGCAGAUGAUGGCAGGCUGGAGAAAUGUUGGGGUCUUGGAGAAAUCCAGGUGGUGGAUCUCGUCCAUGAGGCGGUGGAGGACCCAGACAAGCCACUGAGGAAGACGCUCCCAUCAGACCCUGAGGUGAUUCUCUGUAACAACACCAAGAUGCUGCGGGAGCGGUUGGACAUAUCGGGAGAGAAGUUGGGGUCGGAGCACCGUGAGCAGGAGGACGACUACGUUUAUGAUCUUUACUACCAGGAAACGCUCACACCAGGCUGGAUCCAGGACAUCCUGUCUGUCAGGGCCUACGCUGACGAGGGAGAACUGGUUCCAGAUCUAGUUGUUCAUGAAGAGGAAGUCUAUGAAGACGAAGACGAUGAAAACGAAGAAAGCAACUGGAGGAAUGACUAUCCUGAUGAGGACAGCGAUUCAGACGGCGAC